UAGACACCAGUAAUCAGUGAAAAUGUCUUCGGAAUCUGACGACAAUGUUUUCGACGAAGUUAUGCUCCAAGUGGGAUAUUCGGGGAAAUUCCAAAAAAUCUACAAUUAUACUUUCAAUCUAGUUUUCGUUUUUGUGGCCACUAUGGCCAGUUUUAACACAAUUAUUUCUCUCUCAACACCUGAACAUUGGUGCAAAGUGCCCGGGAGAGAGGCCAACAUGUCCUUAGACUUGUGGAAAAAUCUCACAAUUCCGCGAACAAACAGCAGUGAAAGUGAGUUUAGCCAGUGCAGUAUGUUCAACAAAAGUGACGGGAGCUCAGUGAUUGAUUGUUUGCAUGGCUGGGAGUACGACCAAACCUACUACACCCAAACAAUCGUAAGCCAGGAAAAUUGGGUUUGCGGUUCGAAAAUGCACGCUACGAAUUUGUUAGUCGUCGGAAAAAUCGGUGAAAUUUUAGGAACUGUUUUUAGCCAACUUGGGGACAUAUACGGCCGUCGCCCCAUUUUCUACGCCGGAAUCGUGUCAGUCGUCGUGGGCCGGUUGGGCCUUUUGGUCUCCAAGGGCUUUUUCCUCUUAUUCGUCGCAUUUUUGAUAAUCGGAAACCUCUCAGGCAUGGCAUUAUUUCAAGCCCCUCUGGUCAUUUCAGUGGAAAUAUCCAGUGUCGAAGACAGGGCAAUGAUCCCACUUUUGCAGUGUGUUGGAUGGACUCUGGGGCUCUGUGUGUCCCCCUUGAUUUUUUGGUGGCUGGGUGAUUGGAUCCCUUUCACCGUUAUAACCACAGUCCCUGUCUUGAUUUUUUUAUUUUUCCGACCAUAUAUGAUUGAGUCGCCCCGCUGGUUGGCUAGCAAGGGCAAAAUCAAAGAAUGUGUAGUGGAGUUAAAAAAAAUUGCAAAAAUAAACCGGACGCAAUUAUCUGAUAAAGUUUUGGUCACUUUGAAUAACAAAUCGGUGGCCGAGGAGAAAAAUUUCGGUGUGAUGAGUCUCUUCGGGAGCUGGAAGUUGGCGAAAAAGUCACUUUUGAUAAUCUCAAGCUGGAUUUGCCAAAUGAUGAUCUACUUCAUUCUGUUCUUCAACGUGAGCAACUUGAAAGGAAACCCCUUUAUGAACUACUUCUGGCAAGGUUUGGGCGAGCUCCCGGGAUAUUUCCUGGGUAAAUACCUGAGUGAUGCAAUUGGUCGCAAAUACACGAGAUUUGGUGCUUUUAUCGCCAUCGGAAUCGUUGCAAUUAUUUUAGCAUACGUAUUGUCGUUUUCAGGCAAUGUAAUAAUAAUUACAGUCUGCGGAAUCCUCAUGAAAUGUCUUUCGUCGGUAGCUUUUUAUGCCAUGAAUUUGCAAACUUUAGAAAUAUACCCCACGUGUCUGCGGCAAACCGGCUCCUCAAUAGGGUAUCUAGUCGCCAGUCUUUUCGGUAUUUUGACACCGUACGUCACCUAUCUUGGAACUGCGAUAAAUGCGGGUUUGCCCUAUGUCAUUAUCGUAGUUUUAGCUGCGGCAGGUGCAAUAUUCGGCAUGUUUAUCCCGGAAACACUCAACGAAAAGCUUCCGGAAUCUAUUAGAGAAGCUGAGGAAUUUGGCGCCGAUCAGAGAGUCUGGGCGUUCCCCCGGGGCAAAAUAUUCACACAUAAAACUGUACCGAACAAUGUUAUAUAAAUAAAUUUUUAUCACAAUUCUAAA